AUGAAAGUAAUACUCUUCCUGGGCUUCGUGGUGCUGGGGAGCUGUGCACCGCAAAAGCCUUCUGAUCAAGUGAUUGCUAUUGUCAAACAGGACUUUGACCAGCAGCCAGAUGGAUCAUAUAGAUACAGCUACGAAACUGAAAAUGGAAUCAAAGCGGAAGAGACAGGCACCCUGAAGAAGGCGAGCGGUCCCGACGCAGCCGACGUGAUCGUAGCUCAAGGAGGGUUUAGCUAUACGGCGCCUGAUGGGACUGUCAUCAACCUGAAUUAUGUCGCUGACGAUGAGGGCGGAUUCAAACCUGAGUUAAAUUACAUUGAUAGCACUGCCAUCAAACUAAACUAUGUCGCUGACGAUGAGGGUGGAUUUAAACCUGAGGGUGCACAUUUGCCGACUCCACCACCUAUACCACCAGCUAUUCAGAAGGCCCUCGAUUUCCUCGCGACCUUACCACCACCACCACCGUCAAGGAACUGA